CAAACGUCCGAUUCCCAGUCCAUCUAGUCGCUCUACACCUCCGGUAUCUAACUCGCUCUUGAUUUCUAUCAUUUCGAAUUACACAUCUCCCAACAAUCAUGGCCUCCGACGCCUUUGGCUCGCGGGGCGAGCUAUACGACUCCGCCCUGACUGUCCCCUCCGAUUCGGAAAACUACUCGGCAAACAACGAGUCACCAUCUUCGCCUCCUUCGACCUCCAGUUCUCCCAUGAUUCUCUACAAGCCUCCAACGGUAUGGGGCCUCAUCCGCGGUGCAGCUAUCAACCUCCUGCUCCCCUUUGUGAACGGUCUCAUGCUGGGCUUCGGCGAGCUCUUCGCCCAUGAGGCGGCCUUCCGCCUGGGGUGGUCCAACACCAAGAUCUUCCCAAUGUACCGCCGAUCGCAUCCCGUGGGCCCUGGAGUCGAGAUUCGAGAGCUUCCUUCGGAGCGGAGGCGGGUCACCUCCGCUGCUGGCUUGAAUGACACCGCGUCCUUGGAAUAAACAGAGGUCGUUGCUGGCUUUUUUGAAAUGUCAAUUUCUCAACGUCUCAGAUCUGCAUUGAUAUGAGAAACACAAAACUGGUACAUGUUUAUUUGGAGAGAUACCUGACCUCGGGUCAACACUUGGAUGUAGUGCAUGUACAUAGACUGCUCAGCUGGCGCCUGGCGAACUGGAUUUGUAUUUCACAUAUUGCUUA